AUGCAUGCAGUGAGUUCAGAAUUGUUGCCACUGCUCCAGCUGCUUGCUACUGCCACUCAUCCUUGGCAACGUCACUAUCACAAUUCGGAGAGUCCAUUUUUUCCCUCAUUUUUGGCUCUCUCACUUUUUGGUACUUAUACAGCAGCAAUCUGUUGUUUCAUCGUAGCGUGUUUCCACUUCAUCCAAAAAGUUGGCGACUGUUUUGUUGUUGCUAUGGUCACCUAA